AUGAAGAAUCAAAUAUUCAGAUUAGAAAAGGUAUUAAGACCAAACAAAUUCAAAUCUUAAACAGACGACUCUCCAAACCUACUUAUCCAAAUAAAGACACUAAAUUCCAUUCAUAAUCGUCACUGUGAUUCAGAGGAAGAUUCUUUUGUCUAAAAUCACUACAGUGACUCUAAUUAAAUGCAAUGCUCAGUUACAGAGGAAAAGAAUGAUUUGAAAAUAAAAGAUAAGAAGUUUAACAUGAAACACUCUAUCUCUUAAAUUGAUCUUGACAAUGACUUAGUUGACCUUAGAGUGGCUUUGGGUAAAAAAAGAAUAAGAGGGAUGCGCUAACAGCCUAUUAAAAGAUUUUCCGACUUAAGUGAAGAGAAGCCAUAAAGUGAAUUUUCCUCGACGUAAGAGGAGACACCUAACUAGAGUUCCUGUAGUAUCUCAGAUGACUCCUAUUAGGGAGAUUAUAAAAUGGAUGAUACAGAACCAACCCUUGAACCUACGUCUAGUGUCUAGACUAAUCAGAGCUUUUACAAUCAAAUUUUUGAUAAAGGGAAUAACUUUUAUACUAAGGAAUACAUCGACUCUAUCAUUCACAUGACAAAUCAAUAAAAAAGCCUUAUACAUUGGUAUUAGAUUUGGACGAGACAUUAAUAUAUUGCAGACAACAUCAAUUUCCAGGAUAUUAAGAAAUCAUAAAAGUUACGCCAUAAGUCCUACGCCGACUUGAUUCUAAAUAAAAUUGAUCCGAACAACGAGUACAUUACUCACCGAUUAUAUCGUGACUCGUGUCUGCUAACUCCUGAUCAAUAAUAUAUAAAAGAUCUAAGUAGGCUCGGUCGUGAUUUGUCUUCUACUAUUUUGGUAGAUAACUCUAUCUUAGCGUUCGGCUACCAAUUAAAUAAUGGGAUUCCUAUUCCCAGCUAUUAUGGAUAGCCGUGGGACUAAGAGCUUUUCAUUCUGACUAAAUUAUUGGCGUAAUUCUUAGAAGCAAAAGUUAAUAAUGGAUCUGACUUUAGAGCAUUGAUUCAAGGUAUGUUCUAGCUAGAAUAGAGACUUGAAGCCUUUUCCUCUUAAUAAUUUCAACAACCAUAAUGCUCUUAAAAUUAAUAACUGGAGUAAUCAAACUAAUAGUUUAAGCAACAGAUUCAAUCAGACGAUGUUAUGUUAUGA